UGGAAGAGUAGUUGCCAGAGACGACGAUGUGGAUCCACGCAAUAAUGCACUACGUUAUAUCAUGCACAGUCAACCGAGUGAGGAAAACGUUCUUGCUGAGGCACUCUUCACAGUCAGCCCCACAGGAGAGGUGUACACACGCAACACCAAGCUAGAUCGUGAGCAGACUCCAGUUAUCACCUUCGAAGUGAUCGCCGCAGACAUCGGCCAACCAGAACUUACGGCAGUUGUUACUGUCAUAGUUCGUGUUGAGGAUAUUAACGAUCACGCUCCUGUUUGGCUUUUUCCUGAAGAUGCUGAUGGCCAUCGAUCCAGAGUGAAUGUGUCUUGCUAUACCACCAUUGGCACUCUUAUCGCGCAGCUAAGAGCUGUGGAUCCAGAUGAAGGCGUCAGUGGUCAGGUUCGCUACGCAAUUUCCAAGGGCAACGAAGCUGGUAUCUUUAGUCUUGACCCGAAUACCGGCGACCUAUAUUUAGUUAAAUCUCUUCUAGACGUUUUUGAGAAAUCACAGGCGAAUGAAAUAGAUAAAUUCUCCAAUUCAGUAUUGAAAUUAGAUGCAGCUAAACAGAAAUCAAACGAGAAAUGGGCCUAUGACACAUCAGAACAAAAGAAUAAAGAUCAAGAAGCUAGCAAAAUAAAGUAA